UUCAGCCGCGGACGUGCGCACCGCUGGAGGCAGUCGAGCUCUGACUGUGCGGGGCUUGUUUGGAGGAACUCUGCCUGAUGUUACAGCGGAGGGGAGCAGGGUGGGCAUGACAUGUGAGCCAAGUCUGCACACAUUCACAACCAAUACCGAAACUAUGUCUGCGGCACGGGCGGAUCGUUGCUGUGAGGGACUUGACACAGGUGAAUGAGAGCGUAGCUGCACAUUUCCUGUUUUUUUUUUUUUUUGCUGUUGCCCUUUUCUCUCCACGCCGGAGGAGAGGGACACGGCAGACGCGGUGCUUGUUUCACCCUCCGCCUGGCAGGCGUCAAGGCGCAGGGACGGUGGAGGAGGCACCUCUGUGUUAACUAACCCGACCGCCUCACCGCACACGAUCCCGGCUCAACGGCGGAAAUCACAGAGAGGACACUAUGUCGAAGGAGGCGAGAGGAAAAGGCUCGUCACGAAAGCACAGCGCCUCUCACUGGUGCAUACAGAAUAUUGCACAGGAAUCCGUCGACAGCUCCGACGAGGAGUUUUUUGAUGCAAGAGAUGUUAUGGAAGGGAAGAGCGCCAUUCUGCUGGGCAUGAGUCAGUGGAACUCAAAUGACCUGGUGGAGCAGAUUGAAACUCUCGGACACAUGGAGGACCAGUCACAUGAGAACCUGUACCACCUGGGUGGCCCGCGCUGUGCACCUCAGAGCAGCAUCGAAGGUCUGGAGGACCCGGAGAAGAAAUGUAAGACCCACGUGUUGCUGCUCGUGGUGCACGGUGGAAACAUCUUGGACACUGCAGGUGGAGACCCCGGCACGAAGGCCGGUGACGUGGCGACGCUGGCGUCGGUGCUGGAGAAGGUGACACGGGCACAUUUCCAGGCUGCUGCCGAACAUGUGAUGAUCAAGCUAGUGCCGUGCCCAGCUGUGUGCGCCGAGGCUUUCUCCCUGGUGUCCAACUUGAACCCGUACAGCUACGAUGAGAGCUGUGUGUCCAGUAGUGUGGACCACCUGCCCCUGGCGGCCCUGCCGCUCCUAGCCAUUGUGUCACCACGCUACCAGGACGCGGUGGCGACUGUCAUUGCCCGAGCCAACCAGGUCUACCAUAGCUUCCUCCAGUCAGAGGACGGCCAGGGAUUCACGGGUCAGGUGUGUCUGAUGGGCGACUGCGUGGGGGGCGUCCUAUGCUUCGAUGCACUGUGUUUCAGCAACCACCAGAGGCCUGGCAGCCCCAACAACAGCAGCAGGAACAACAGCACCGAGAGUCUGAAGGAUAAUCCGGGCCUGCUAGGCGAGGCCAGCCCAGGUCUGAGCUCCAGCAAGAGGCUGAGUAAGAGCAACAUCGAUAUCUCCGCCCCCAACGACGGACAUGGCCAGGGCAGUCAGCCGCUCAGCCGCAAGCAGAGCGACUCGUACGAUGGAGACACCUCGUCCACGUGCCAACACAGCUUCUUUUCCAGUUUAAUGAAAGAGGGUGUGGAGGUGCGCGGCGGCAGCAACACCAGUCUGGUGUUGAACCCGGGUCGAUUCGACUUUGAGGUGUCAGAUUGCUUCCUGCUGGGCUGUCCGCUGGGACUUGUUCUGGCCAUGAGACGCACUGUACUGCCUGCCAUCCAGGUGAGCCAGCUUCAUCCAGCCUGCUCUCAGAUUUUCAACCUCUUCUACCCCUCGGACCCUUCAGCCUCCAGACUCGAGCCGCUGCUUCAGCCCCUCUUCCACAAGCUGUCCCCAUUUGCGGUCCCGCGCUACCAGCGCUACCCCCUGGGGGACGGACGCCCCACGCUUAUAGUGGACAGUAUUCAUAGCUACCCAGAUGUAUUUUUGGAAGGUGAGCAAACUCCUGGGGGCUCCGUGUCACAGCCCUCCUCCGAGACAGAGCCUGAUGGAGGAGGGAGAGAGGGAGGAGGAGAAGGAGGUCGCAGGGCCAGUGUGACCAGCGUGGAAAGUGAAGCAUCCGUUUACUCAAUGGGCCGGCUGGGGAGCACGAUUGCCAACAUCUCUAGUAGCUGGUGGGGCUCCAAACGGCUGGAUUAUGCUCUGUACUGUCCUGAUGUGCUGACUGCCUUCCCCACAGUGGCUCUGCCCCACCUCUUUCACGCCUCCUACUGGGAAUCCACCGACGUAGCAGCUUUUGUUCUCCGGCAGCUCAUGCGAUGUGACUGUGUGAAGACCCAGGAAGCCAACAGCUUGGACUCGGCUCCCUUCUCUCCCUCCAGCCCGCGAGAAAAAUGGCUCCGCAGGAGGACACACGUCAAACUAAGGAAUGUCACCGCCAACCACCGGGUGAAUGAUGUCAUCGCCACCGAGGAGGGACCUCAGACUCUGGUCGGCCGCUUCAUGUACGGCCCGCUGGACAUGGUCACUCUUACGGGAGAAAAGGUAGACAUCCUGCUCAUGACGCAGCCUCAGUCGGGACGCUGGGUGCACUUUGACACCGAGGUGACCAACAGCAGCGGCAGAAUCACGUACACCAUACCCAAGAGCAAGAAGCUCGCCCUGGGAGUCUAUCCCAUCAAAAUGGUGGUCAAGGGGGACCAGACAAGUGCAGAGGCCUACUUGACAGUGUUGCCACGGGGCAUGGAGUGUGUCGUCUUCAGCAUUGAUGGCUCUUUUGCUGCCAGUGUCUCCAUCAUGGGUAGUGACCCCAAGGUCCGCCCUGGAGCUGUAGAUGUUGUCAGGCACUGGCAGGACCUGGGCUAUCUGAUCAUCUACAUCACAGGCCGUCCUGAUAUGCAGAAACAGCGCGUCGUAUCGUGGCUCUCUCAGCACAACUUCCCCCAUGGGAUGAUAUUCUUUUCGGAAGGCCUGGUCCACGAUCCCCUUCGCCAAAAGACCAUCUUUCUCAGGAACCUAGUGCAGGAGUGUCACAUUAAGAUCAACUCUGCCUAUGGCUCCAUGAAGGACAUCUCAGUUUACAACAUGCUGGGCCUGGGCCCUUCCCAGAUUUAUAUUGUGGGCAGGCCCUCUAAGAAGUACCAGAAUCAGUGCCAGUUCCUGAGUGAAGGCUACGCAUCGCACCUCUCCUCCCUCCAGUUCGGGCACAGGGCCCGACCCAAGAAAACUUCCUCGGUUCGCAUGGUUCUCAGGAAGGGAUCGUUUGGUCUUUCGGCGAAGCCUGAUUUCCUGUGUAAGCGCACCCACCUGCGCAGGACCAUGUCAGUCCAGCAGCCUGACCCGCCUUGCACGCCCAAUCCCAAGCCCGAGCGCGCCCAGAGCCAGCCGGAGUCAGACAAGGACCAUGGGGGAGGAGGAGGGGGAGGCGGACAGGGCAUGUGGGGGCGAGCCUCCAUGCAUCGUGGAGACACAACUCCCUGACGUCGAAAAAGAGACGGAAGGAUGGCGGGAGGACAGAAAAGGAGGAGAGCAACGGGUAGUCAGUGUCCAGGGCCAAGUGUCGUUGAUACCUGCCUGUACCUUGGAUCCUCUGCUGGUGACCCCUGCAGCAGUGCUUUACCUCCUGCUUGGCCCUCUACACUUUGACACCUGUUUGGUCCUUUUACUUGAAAUGCUCAGUGGAUAAUGUCACUUUGUCUUUGUGCCUGAAAUUUUAAGCUGUUGCUUGAAAUAGCAGUGAUUAUUAUGAAUGUCGGUGUCCAGCUCAAAAUAGGUCUGAUGUGGCAAUAGUGAAGGCGUUACAGUGAAACAACCGUGUACUAUAAGAAGAAGAAUGCACUUCACUACUGUGCUACACAGAGUAUACAUAUGUAUACGAGCACACAUGCACUCAUGCUCAUGUUUCAUAAGAUGACAAAUGCAUCUUGAAGGUUUUCCCUCUGGACUGGAGACCUGCUGAGAUUUAUGUGGAAACGUCCCAGCUCAAGCAAUACAUCAUCCGACGCUCUACCGCUCUAAGACCCCACACACACUGCUGUGCUGACAGGCGGUCAUGCUGAUUCCUGCAGUGACACUCCGCCAAUGUAAAUACUCGACAUGCAUCAUCCCUGCGUGGGCGCCUGGACACGGCCGCGCUGUGGCCUUUGGGUUCAAGCCGUAGACACGAACUCUGUGAUCUCGAGCCCAAUCCGCCAACCCGGCUGAACCCUGGCCUCUGCCUCCACCUCAGUCUUAACUGUUUUGUGUGAUCCUUGCUCGCCGGCUCGCUCGCUCGCUCGCUCCUCCCCACCCCUCAACCAGUCAGGCAGAACAUGCCUUUCGACAGCCGCCUCAGCCUGGCCGCGCGGCCACCAAACCACCGUGGCGUGCACGGCUCAACCCCUGAGGUUGCACUUGCACUACUGAAGUACAGCGCAGUGGCUCUCAAUUAAGCUGUGGUACUUGCUUCAGACACAAAAAAAGUUGUAUUUGUAGAGUUUACUGGAGGCUCAGAGGGAAGGACAUUGUGUGAAGUUGUUUAAAGACGUGGCAGAGCUGACCAAAAAACGAACAAAACAUGUUUACAGAAUUGUAAUUCAAAGAGAACCACGCAGCUGUAGAGAGUAACCACAACUUGCUGUUUAGCUGUACAUUGAAAGUGACAGUUUAUUUAUUGUCAUCGGCAUCAGUAGUUCAGUAGUUCAGUGUUCAGUUGCUAGAGAGUUGCAGUAGCUCCAAUAAUAGCAGGGUAUUGUACAGUAGACCCCAUGCCAGUUGAAAUGCCCUUGCAUCCAUUUAUAACAACUGCACUGGAACCGAUAGAUUUGUGAUGAAAUGUUACGCUCUCGUGUGUGCUCGAGGCUGAUUCGAGUCGUACCGUCGCUGUGUUAAAGCUGUGUGCAAGUUAAACAUAUUUUUCUAUGAGGAAAUACUGUACAUAGAAAUAUUUUCAAUGUAUGUUUUUGAACUUUUGUCGUUCGAAUUGUCAAAUGGUUGAUUUUGCCUUAAAUUGUAUUUGACGUUGUGCAAAGAUGUAAAAAAAAAAAAAAAAAAAAA